UAGGCUUUGUCAAAUUACUCGUUCCGGUGACGUAGCAGUAGAAGAAGUGAUUUUCUAUAGAGCGACGUGUCCUAGUUCACAGAAGCCUCAGACGGGAAAGGAUCACUCGGGGACGAUAUCCACAUAACAACAGCCAUGGACCAGGUGAUGCAGUUUGUUGAGCCCAGCCGACAGUUCGUCAAAGACUCUAUCAGGCUUGUCAAAAGAUGCACAAAACCAGACAGAAAAGAAUUCCAGAAGAUUGCCAUGGCAACAGCAAUCGGCUUUGCAAUUAUGGGAUUUAUUGGUUUCUUUGUAAAAUUAAUCCAUAUUCCCAUUAACAACAUCAUUGUGGGUAGCUAAAGGUUUUCCUGGCUCAGAUGACUACAUCGGCAUUGUACUAAAGGAUAAACACAACUUCUUUUUUUUUUUUUUUUUUUUAAUGUAUAUGUUUUUAAUUUGGCCUUAUUCGUCCAAUAAAACCAAUUUUGUUUCUUUUCGUA